ACACUUGUAUCCGUCUUCUUCGAGACAUAAGUCAGUAAUGGUGUUUAUUGAAAAUAGUUAAUGACUUUCGUGGAAUAAGGUCAAGUGACCAUUCUGACUGGUGAUACGUCAUAAUUCAAUACUCUCCAAACUAAACUAAAGGGAUCUGAGAAGCAAGGCUAAAGUCCAAAGGUGAACGCCCUCUAUCAAGCGUUAUGACUGAGGUUUAUUACUUCUCCAUCUAUCGACAGCGGACGUAACUUCACCUGCUCGUGUCUAUCACGUUACAGUUAUGAGUUCCGUGUGGAAGAGACUACAGAGAGUGAAUAAGCGAGCUGCUCGCUUUCAGUUUACUGCGUCCUAUCAGGAACUGAUGGUGGAAGGGACAAAGAAAUGGCAACCCAACAAACUUUGUGUUGUUUGGACCAGAAGAAACAGGAGAUACUCAACAAAGUCUCAUUCGUGGGAGCCUACUAUUCGAAAUCCUUAUCGAGGCCUUGUAGUUUGGCCUGUUCCGGAAAACAUAGAAAUUAAGGCCACAUUGUUCAAAGACCAGAGAAGUAAUGAAUUUGAAGACAAAGAGUGGACAUUUGUUGUUGAAGAUAUUUCUAAAACUGGAAAGCGACGUCUAGUUGCUUCAGCAAACAUCAAUCUCAGGUAUUACACAAGCAUAGAGUCUACUCAGUCUGAAGUGAAGCUGAAGUUUAAACCUCUUUCCAAGAAAGUAACUGGAGCUCAUCUAAUAUUAACCCUGUCAUGUGUUUUCCUGAAAGAAGGAAAGGCAACAGAUGAAGAUUUGCAGAGCAUCGCCAGCCUCAUGAGCAUGCAGCCACCUGAUCAUGACGUUGGAAACUUGGAUGACUUUGAAGAUGAAUCCGAACUGAGUCGAGAAGACACAGCUACCACAAUCUCGGAGCUGGCCUCCCAGUUUGGGCUCUUGGUGUCAGGUCAUGACUCAUCUGAAGAAAAUAAUACAAUGGCCAGCCAAUCACUGUCUCCAGUCGUCUCGUCAUCCCCAGAAUCUGGCGUUCGAGAGUCUAAAUCUCCAUAUUCCCCGGUUAGCUCCAACAAACAGGCGGGAGCCGCUGUUCCGUCAAGUACGAUCAUUCCCUCAGUUGAAGGUCAGUCCUUGUCCCCUGGUGGAUGUCUUACCAGCACUGCUGAUUCGGAACUAGACAAUACAGGGAAUCGCAGCUCCCAGGUUACCGUUGAAACAACCAGAGAAGAUACGAUUGUCAAUAAAGACGCACCCUCAGCAAGCAUAACUGAAAGCCUAGAGCAUCGUCCCGGCACAGAUAUCGCCGAACCAGCCGCAAUGAGGCCUAGCGAGGACUUGUUAACGUGGUGUAAAGAGGUAACGAGAACAUACCGAGGAGUUAAAGUUACAAAUAUGACCACUUCUUGGAGAAAUGGCAUGGCAUUCUGUGCAGUCAUACACCAUUUUCGUCCUGAUUUGAUCGAUUUUUCUUCUCUUUCGCCACAUGACAUCAAAGGAAAUUGCAAAAAGGCAUUUGAUGCUGCUUUUAGCUUGGGUAUUCCUAGGCUUAUUGAACCCUCAGAUAUGGUGAUAUUAACCGUUCCAGACAAACUUGCAGUAAUGACCUAUCUUUACCAACUUCGUGCACAUUUCACUGGGCUCGAAGUUAAAGUUCAGCAUAUAGGUCAAACAGCUACUGACUCCACUUAUACAGUUCGAGAGCCUGACAGUGAUGAGGACAGCUUAACUUCACUCCCAUUGGCUGCUUUAUCCUUUCCAGACUCUUCUGAGAAAGAGCUGUCUAAUCACCACAAUGCAACAACAGACCCUAGUGUUGCAACGUCCAAACAGACUUUCACAACACACCACCAAGUUGAGCCCAUAAAAGUUAAUUCUAGUCAAAUUAUCCAGAAAAUAGAGUCGGAAGUACUUCCACCAGUGUCUGUUGAGUCUCCUUCACAGCUAGACACAAAAUCCAAAGAUGAGGAAGAAGAGUUUGGCUCAGCCAAGUUUAAGAACAACAAUGAUAUCUUAAAUCUUCACAAGAACUUUGAUAAAGAAAGUUCUCAGUCCAUCACUCAGGAGCAAAGCGUGACUCCUCCUAAUGAGAAACCCAAGUUGAUGACUCGCAAACAGUUAAUGAACCCUUUUGAUUCUGAUGGAGAGGAGGAGGAGGAACUAGCAGCUCAGAGUCAAGUGUCUGCCCUACCAGUAUCUAUUGAAGAUGCUCAUACAGCUGUUGUCACUUCAUCAGGUUCCAUAGAAAUGCAAGCUUUUGACUAUGUUUCAGUAUCUCAAGAAUCUGUCAGAAGACCACAGAUGGUAAAAAAUUCCACUUUAGAGCCGUCCUGUUAUUCUCAUAUUGAGAAAAGUGCCUCUGAACCACCUGUAGAGAGAUCAUCAUCUCUGGAGGAAGAUGUGUCCACAGAUGAAGUUCCUGGUUUGUUAGAUUUGUCACCAACAAAGUUGAAUAGGGCUCAGUCACUUGUAAACGAUCAGCCUGUGGUACACCGUCACCUGUCAAGACAGGAAGAGCUAAAAGAGCGUGCCCGACAGUUGCUUGAGCAAGCAAGACGAGAAGCAGCCACUAAAGCAGCUUUUAAGAAACCAUCACAUCAGCUCGGUGAACAAGAAAGUGAAAGACAGAAACAGCUGAGAGAGCGUGCUAGAAGACUCAUAGCUGAAGCCAGACAGGGACUUAACAAGCCAACCUUGGAUAGUUUCCCAAGUUCCUCUUGGUUGUCUGGGAACCACAACAACACAGUUGCUAGCAGCAAUACUGACAUUGUUAUUAACAACAAUAUCAAUACCCAGAAUACUCCUGCAUGUGUUGUAGAAAAUACCACUGCUGCAGGAAAACCUGAAUCAAGGGUUCGUCAUUUCAACUUCUACCAAAUCAAAAAACAAAAUGGUGAAGGGAAGGUACCAUUGAAAAAUAAUCCAAAAAUUGAUCUACCCAGACAAGGGAGUCUAGACAAAACCUUGAUUACAGGGUUAACUGAAAGCCAUGAUGAGAUGAAUGGAAAUUUCCCACCAGUAAACAAAUGGCAGAACCUUAACAUUGUAACAUCACCACUUAAUAAAGUCAAACACAAUGAGAUCUGUCCAACAGGAAUUUCAGUUACAAAACGACUUUCUCCUGAUACAGAAAAAUUGCAGUUUUCAUCUAAGCUUUCUCUGGAUUCAAAGGCCUCAGAACAGAGUUCCUAUGUUACAAAUGAAAUAGAAGCUUUAGAAAGGGAACAAGAACAGAUUGAUCAGGAAGCUGCAGAACUUGAAAACAAGCUAAGAAAAGUUAUGAACAAUGGCAUGAACAAGGAAAAGGAAGAACAGUUAACACAGCAGUGGUUCAUCCUGGUUAACAAGAGAAAUGCUCUGAUAAGGAGACAGAUGCAACUUAACAUUCUGUAAGUUUAAAGAGUGGUCCUGUCAAGUUAAAA